AUGACUAACACUUCCAAGCAAUUGCAAAUAUAUGAAUGUUACUUCAAAUUAUAUGACGGAAGCACUGAUUUGAAUAAUAUAUUUGAUCAGCAGCAAUAUAUUGCUAUAAAAUGUGUGCAUGAAUUGAAAAAGUUGGGCUAUAAUUCUAGUUUAGAGAAAUUCAAGCAAUCGGAUAAAAUUGAUAUAUUAAAAAUAAUUUGGCAAAGUAAUGCCAAUAAUCCUCAUGCGCUACAACUGUUGGCUAAUAUAUGUCUAGGAUUUGAUAUACAUGUAGAUAAGAUCUGGAACGGUAUACUGAAACGUAUGGUUAAAUCUUCAAUGCAUCGCGAUUUAAACGCUUUAGUGGAUGUGCUAUCGUGCUAUGCGCAUUUGUUGCAUAUUGAAGGACUAACAAAGGCUUGGGAGUGGAUUUUAUUACAACCUUUCAAGAACGCCAAUCAAACUCAAUCGGCUGAGCAGGAAGAUAAAUUGCAUAAGACUUUAUUUAGGCUUCAGAGUUGUCCAGUAGUCCACUCCUUAAACUUAUUAGAGUUUGCAGAGCACUGCUUGCGUUUAGGCAAACAUCAUAUGGCUGCCGUUUUAAUGGCAUUUUGCAAAACACCAGAACAACGUCAAUCCAUAAAACAGCUUAUUCCCCAACGUAAUGAAACAAUGCGUCAAAAAAUCUUGGAGUUGGAAGACGUUGGUAUUCUGUCUGCCAUCUUAAAUUUUGUUUUAAAAGAAUUAUGUUUAUAAACGAAAAAGCGUUUUGAUUGAAAUACACAGUUUUUUACUUUAUUUUCUAAAUUCUAUUUACUUCUUGCAGUUCUAUAUCAUAAUG